AUGGAAGCCGUCACUCAGCAAAUUGUCGUCAAAGAGUCAGGUGCCAGGAUGUGGGGCGGCCGAUUUGAUGGAAAGAUAAGUCAGCUCAUGGAAAAGUUUGGCGAUUCGAUUGCUUUCGAUCAGAGACUUUACAGUGAAGACCUUGAGGGUAGUGGGGCCUAUGCCAAAAGCAUCACCCGCAUUGGUCUUUUGACCCGGAAAGAAUGUCGUAAUAUCCUGGACGGUCUGGAUAGGAUAGCCGAAGAAUGGAGCAACAAGACAUUUGUUCUUAAACCAGGUGAUGAAGAUAUUCACACAGCUAACGAACGUCGGCUCACAGAAUUGAUCGGUCCUGCUGCCAAGAAGCUACAUACAGGUCGUAGCCGUAAUGACCAGGUCGCCACAGACCUACGGAUGUGGCUAAAGAAAGCCAUAAUUCAAAAUAAGGCCCAUUUGUUUGAAUUUCUGGAUGUAAUUGUUGAACGUGCAGAGAAAGAAAGUGAUGUGUUAUUACCAGGUUACACACAUUUGCAACGAGCACAGCCUGUCCGCUGGAGCCAUUGGUUGUUAAGCUACGGUUGGAAAAUCAAACGAGAUAUUGAACGGCUUUCUGAAUUAUUUGUACGGGCCGACCAGCUUCCUCUUGGAAGUGGAGCCUUAGCUGGAAAUCCUUUUGCCGUCGAUAGAGACUUUUUGGCUAAAGAGCUUGACUUUUCGUCUGUCUCGCCAAACAGCAUGGAUGCUGUCAAUGAUCGAGAUUUUGUGCUGGAAUAUUUAUCAUGGGCCUCAAUAACAGCUAUCCAUUUUAGUCAGCUGGCAGAAGAUUUAAUUCUGUACAGUUCGGAAGAAUUUGACUUUGUGGAGAUUUCAGAUGCUUUCAGCACCGGAAGCAGCCUCAUGCCGCAGAAGAAAAAUCCAGACAGUCUCGAGUUGAUCCGUUCCAAAACUGGGCGUAUUUUUGGCCACUAUGCUGCCCUGAUGACCAGCAUGAAGGGAUUGCCUAGCACGUAUAACCGAGAUCUUCAAGAGGACAAAGAAGCUCUGUUUGAUGUUUAUGACACAUUGACGCUGUCGCUUCCUAUUGCUUCUGGUGUUCUUUCCUCGCUUAAAAUUCACCGUACCAAAAUGGAAGGCGCUCUGACUGAAGACAUGCUGUCUACUGACUUGGCUUACUAUCUGGUUCGCAAAGGUGUCCCGUUUCGAAAAGCCCACACCAUAGUUGGGGCUUGUGUUUUAAUGGCCAAAACCAAACGGGUUAGCCUGUCGAAGUUGAAACUUUCUGAUCUGAAAUCUCUCAGUCCAUUGUUUGACCAUGAUGUUGAGUCCGUGUGGAACUAUCAGAAUAGCGUUGAGCAAUAUAGCAGUACUGGAGGUACGAGUUCAAAAAGCGUCCAAACUCAGAUCGACCAACUAAAUAAAUGGAUCAUCAUGCACAGAUAG